AUGAGUAAUUGUGAAAUACUAAAAUUUAAAAAUAAAAUUAGCAGUGAAGAUAAUAAAAAACAUUUAAACAAAUCAAAAAAGAAUAUAAACAAUGUCAAAAGUGAAAAUAUAUGUAAGGGUUUAACUACACCCUUUGAAAUAUACAGAUGGUCCUAUAUAUUAAAUACAAAUAACGAAAAGUUAAUUAAUGAUGUAAUAAAACACGAUCAACAAAAAAAAAAAAAGAUAAAAAAAGGGAUAACUACUCAAUUGGAUAUAUAUAACAUUAUCAGUCGACACAGUAUUAUAAUAAAUGACCAGGAAAAUGAUAUGUUUCUUGAAAAUGAAAUAAAUAAUUAUUUUUACAGUUUGAUGAAUAAUUUAGAAUACUAUUUUGAUAACUACGAAUUUAUACAUUAUAUAGUAAAAAAUUUAAAGAAAAAUGAAUCUCAUAUAUUUUAUUAUAUUUAUAACAAUUUUAAGUUUCUUCAUGCCUUGCCAUUCAAAUGUUUUUGGCAAUAUGGAAAUUUGGAAAAUCUGUACAUUGAGAAUAAUAAUGAUAAUUAUGAAUAUGACGAAGAAUGUAACAAUGAAUAUUUAUUUAAAAAUGUCGAUUUAAACAAACUUGAUAUGCUGUUGAGCGAAGAUGACACCUUAAAUAACGUAAUAAAUAUAAAUGAGGUUAAUACGAAAGAAGAACAUACAGAAGAAACCUUUUUUAAACCUCCUUUAGAAAAUGGAAAGCAUAGUAAUGAUGAAUUGAGACGACACUACCACACUGUAAUGGGGCCAUUUAAGUAUAAAUAUAACUAUAAGGAUAGAAGUGAUACGUAUGGUCUAGGUGAGAAAAUGAAACGGCAAAAGGAAGUUACUCCAUAUAUGCAGAUUACAAAUGAAAGUUACAAUAUACAUAAGGAUAAGAAAAUUGUCAAUGAUAGGAAAAAAUGCGCUAAUAUAGAAUAUAUAAAAAGGAGUUACCCGAAUAAAACCUUAAAUAAUUUUAUAUUUACAAGUGAAAAAAAGUGUAUAAAUAGUAUGGCUUCAUCUACCAUAUCAAGCUGUGCUCGUAAAAUGAGAUUAGAAAAUAUGGAUAAUAGUAAAUAUUCUCGUGAUAUUAAUUUAAACAUUAAUAAAAGUAAGGUGAUCAACAGUUUAACAUAUAGCACGAAGUCUAGGUGUUAUGAAUGCUUAAAUAGAAGUACUACUUUAAAUGAAAACACAUACAGCUUUAGCAGUAGCACUGAUGAUACACCAAAGGGCGGAAAAUACGUAAAUUUAAAAGAGAAAGAAGAAAAAGUAUUUGAAAAUGUAAGUUACGAUAAAAUGGUAAAGGAAUACGAUUUCAUUUAUGAUAUUGCAACUUUAGAUAAAAAAAUACCUAAUAAUGAAAAAUCAAAAGGAAAAAAUUUUAGAACAAGCAAAGUGCCAGUAUCCCCCAUGAGUAGAGCUAGUGUAUUUGGUAAAAUAAUUUUUGAUAUAGUAAAAAAUAGUAGUAUAGAAUAUGUUAAAAGCGUAUUAACAAAUAAUACGAAUGACAAGAAAAAUAUAAUUUUAAAUGAAAAGAACGCAGAAGUUUUGGCAAAUGGUUUAAGUAAAAUGAGAGGAGUAGUUUUAAAAUUAGGUCAAAUGAUCAGUUUGCAAGAUGAAUAUUUGUCACCUAUUGUAAUCAAGGCAUUAAAACUUGUUAAUAACUCAGCAGAUGUAAUGCCAGAAAGUCAGUUAAUAAAUGUGUUAAUAAAAGAAUUAGGGAAUGAUUAUGAAAAGAAGUUUGAUUUUUUUAAUUAUAAACCUUUUGCAAGUGCAUCAAUAGGACAAGUACAUGAAGCAAAAAUAAAAAACAAGAAGGUAGCUGUGAAAAUACAAUAUCCAGGUAUAUAUGAGUCUAUUGAUAGUGAUAUAAAAAAUUUGCUAUUUAUUAAUCAAUAUACCGAUUUAAUAUUAAAAAAUUUAUAUAUUGAAAACGUGUGUAAAGAAAUAAAAAAGGAGUUAAAAUGUGAAUGUGACUACAUUAAUGAAGCAAAAUAUUAUGUGCUUUUUAAAAAAAUUUUCCAAAAAAGUAAAUAUUUUUAUGUACCAUCUGUUUAUACUGAAUAUAUAACCAAACAUGUUUUAGUAACGUCUUAUGUAGAUGGAAUAACUAUUGAUGAAGUAGCAGAAAAAUAUCCUCAAGUUAUACGGGAUUCCUUAGGUCAGAGAAUUCUUUAUCUAUGUUUACAUGAAUUGUUUGUUUUUAAAAUUAUGAAUACCGAUCCAAAUUUAGGAAAUUUUUUAUAUAAUGUUCAGAACGACAAAUUGUGUUUAAUUGAUUUUGGAGCUACUCGAACGUAUAAAAAUGAAUUUGUUGAUCAAUAUUUAAGACUUGUUAAAUCAUCAGUUGAAGAAGAUGAGGAAAAAAUUUAUCAUUACUCUUGUAUGCUUAACUUUUUUGUUGGUCAGGAAAAUGAAGAAAUGAAAAAUUCUCACAUUAAAUCUGUUAUACUCGUUGGAGAACCCUUUAAAUCGAAAACAUAUGAUUUUGGCAAAAAUAAUUUAGCCAAACAAAUAUAUAACUUAUUACCGAAAAUUAUAUACAAUAGACUAGUUCCCCCUAGAUCUGAAAUUUAUACGUUACACCGAAAGUUAUCAGGGUCCUAUUUAAUUUGCAUGAAAUUAAAAGCAAGGGUUAAUGCUGCUGAUAUUUUUAAUUCUAUAUAUAAGAAUUAUAAAUUUUCUGUCGAAGAUACAUAUGAAAAAAGUGUAUAA